AUGGGCUGGUUCUGGGCCGAGCCUGCCCCUCCGGCCGGCAUCCCUCAAGGACACCCGGCCGUGUCAUUGAACAAGGAGCCUCCGCCCGGAUGUCCCAUGCACCAAAAGGCCGCCGAUGCCUUCAACCCGCACAAAGCUAUACCCGCCGAGAAACCGUCCUCCACGUCCGGCUGCCCAGUCCCUCAUGGCUCGUCAUCACCUCUGCCGCCAUCUGGCUGUCCGGUGCCUCACGGCUCCCGCGACCAGGAAGAGCCCAAUUCGAUCCUCUCUCAACUCAACCCCUUGAACUACAUGUUCCCCGAUUUGUCACAGAAGCCUGCGCCGACGCAGACGAUGGCGCUGCCGACGGAGCGUGAAGAAUCCACCAUCCCCAAGGGAUCCGGCGACGGCACGUGGGAGUACCCUUCUCCCCAGCAAAUGUACAAUGCCUUGUUGCGCAAGGGCUACACCGACACCGACGUCACAGCCGUGGAAUCCAUGGUCUCUGUCCACAACUUCUUGAACGAGGGCGCAUGGCAGGAGAUUAUCGGCUGGGAGGAGCGCUUUGCGCGCGGCUUAUACAGAGGAUGGCAGGUCUGUAAGCGAGGAGAGGCGCACUCGGCAGAAGAGCUGGAUCGCCAGUGGGAUGGAGUGGAUGUCAGCCCUACCCUCAUCCGCUUCCAAGGACGACCCAAGGACCUGACUCCCAAGGCUACGAUGCUGCAGGUCCUGGGCUGGAUCUACCCUUCCAAGUUUGGAACUGACCUUCCAUUCGAUCGCCAUGACUGGUUCGUCUCCCGAAAUGUCAACGGCGAAAAGAAGGAGAUCCGAUACGUCAUCGACUACUACUCCGGAGAGCCGGAGCCCACUGGUGAGCCCGUCUUCUACCUGGAUGUCCGCCCUGCGGCCACGCCUCUGGGAAGCGCCGAGCGCAUCAUCCGAUGGAGCACAGAUGUGUGGUGGAAGGCUAUUGGCGGUGACCAGCGAGAGCAGAACCCGCAGCCGUUUUUUCGCCACAACGCCGUUAAGCCUUGGGGCUAA